AUGGCUCUUUUCCAUAAUCUCCUUUGCAUUUGCUCUCUUCUCUUCUUCAUUUUCCCUUCCAUAGCACAAACAUCUUUCAGGCCCAAAGCAUUAGUCCUUCCAGUAUCAAAAGAUGCAUCCACUCUCCAAUACCUUACACAACUCAAGCAAAGAACCCCUUUAGUGCCAGUAAAGUUAACUCUUGAUCUUGGAGGCCAAUAUAUGUGGGUUGAUUGCGAUCAAGGCUACAAGUCAUCCUCCUACAAGCCUGCACGUUGCAGGUCAGCCCAGUGUUCACUUGCCAAAUCAAAGAGUUGUAUUACUGAAUGCUUUUCUAGUCCAAGGCCAGGCUGCAACAAUGACACAUGUGCCCUUCUUCCUGAUAAUACUGUAACUCAUACAGGAACUAGUGGUGAGGUCGGUCAAGAUCUUGUGUCUAUACAGUCAACUGAUGGGUCGAACCCUGGUAGAGUUGUUUCAGUGCCUAAAUUGAUUUUCACUUGUGGUACCACAUUUCUGCUAGGAGGUCUUGCUAGUGGUGUAAAGGGUAUGGCUGGUCUUGGAAGGACUAAGAUUUCACUUCCUUCUCAAUUUUCUGCUGCUUUUAGCUUUCAUAGAAAGUUUGCCAUUUGCUUAACCUCUUCAAAUGCAAAUGGUGUCGUUUUCUUUGGCGAUGGGCCUUAUGUUUUGCUUCCGAAUAUUGAUGUCUCUGAAUCUUUAAUUUACACCCCAUUAAUUCUAAACCCAGUAAGUACAGCUUCUGCAUCUUUGGAAGGUGAUCCUUCCUCUGAAUAUUUCAUUGGGGUCAAGUCUAUCAAAAUUAAUGGAAAAGCUGUUCCAUUGAACACAUCAUUGCUAUCCAUUGACAAAGAAGGAUUUGGAGGAACCAAAAUAAGCACUGUAGAUCCUUAUACUGUUAUGGAAACAACAAUCUACAAUGAGUUUAUCAAUGCCUUUAGGAAAGCCCUAGCUGGAGUACCGAAGGUGGCGCCUGUAGCACCUUUUGGACUCUGCUUUAACUCGACCAACAUUGGCAGCACCAGAGUUGGGCCAGCUGUGCCUCAAAUUGAUCUUGUUCUGCAAAGCAGUACAGUUUUCUGGAGGAUUUUUGGUGCAAACUCAAUGGUUCAAGUUAAAAGCGAUGUGCUUUGUCUUGGAUUUUUUGAUGGAGGUGUAAAUCCAAGGACUUCAGUAGUUAUUGGGGGUCAUCAAUUGGAGAACAAUCUUCUCCAGUUUGAUCUUGCAGCUUCAAAACUUGGGUUCAGCUCUUCUCUUUUGUUUAGACAAACAACUUGUGCCAACUUCAACUUUACCUCUAAAGCUUAAUUAGAGGAAUUUCUUUACCUGUAAUAUUUAUUAAUUAUUAUCUGUGAUAUUAUAUUAUAAGUCCAUGUGUUGGAAGAAUAAUAUUUCUUUUGUGCUGGACUGGCCAAAAUUAAUGUUGUGGUAAUCUAUAAUUAAUG